AUGGAGGCAUUGUCGAGCCAGGAGCGGAAGGACGAGCUCUUCGGCGCCGCCUGCGACGGCAACGUCCGCCUCCUCAAGAAGAUGGCGCGGGCGCUCAACUCGGGGGGCCAAGACGAGGCCGCGUUCUUGGCGGCGAUGGUGGACGACGACGGCGACACCCUUCUGCAGAUGGCUGCUACCCACGGGCGGCUCGACGUCCUGAGGUACCUCGUCGAGGACCUCCGCCUCGACGUCAACCAGCCCAACAGCAUAGGUGAUACCCCGCUAUGCUAUUCUGCUUUUGCUGGGAAAGCUGAUGCUACAAAAUAUCUUCUUGCUCAUGGUGCUGAUCCGUUAGUUGGUAAAAACUUUUUACCUCUCCAUGGUGCUGCAUGCCAAGGACAUUGUGAUGUUGUAGAAUUGCUGCUUUCAAGGGGAAUUGAUGUGGAUUUAGGUUCUGCUCGUGGCACUCCAUUACAGGUAGCUGCUAUGAAGAAACAACAUGGCACGAUGAAGAUUUUGUUGGAGCACCAUGCAAAUCCUAACAAUGCCAAAGUAUCUCUUACCCCAUUACGCUGGGUCAUACAUGAUCCUGUGCCAUCUAAAUCGUUGCGAUGCAUGAAGCUACUGAUUAAGGCUGGUGCUGAUGUAAAUUUUGUUGACAGCAAUGGUUUCACUACCGUGAUAUAUGCAGCAAAACUUGGCUCACCUGCCCUCAUGAAGUGCUUACUAGAUGCUGGUGCUAACCCCAAUAUUCCAGAUGAAUUUGGUAGAAUGCCUAUUGAAUAUGCUGCCUAUUAUAGCAAAAGGGACAUGGUUGAAGUGUUAUUCCCUUCAACUUCCCCUAUUUCAACGCUGCCAGAAUGGAGUAUAGAUGGAAUUAUUUAUCAUGUGAAAUCCUUUGGUUUGAAGCCAAUGGAUAAACAAAAGUGUGAAAUGAGAAUAAGAGAACUGAAACAGCAAGCCUCAGAGGCUUUUAAGAGAGAGGAAUACAUUAUAGCGGGACAUCUGUAUACUUGUGCAAUGGAAUUUGAAUGUAGUCCAGAUGAUUAUGCAACCCUAUUGGCAAACAGGAGUCUCUGCAUGCUGCGCAUGGGAGAGAACAAAAGAGCUGCUCUCUCUGAUGCUACCCAGUGCAGAAUGGUGCGACCUUUUUGGCCAAAAGCCUGCUACCGACAAGGGGCAGCUUAUAUGGCACUGAAGGAAUAUGAGAAAGCAUGUGACUCUUUUGCUGAUGGCUUGAAGCUUCAACCUACAAAUACUGAUAUUGCGAAUGCUUUAAGGGAAGCCCGCGAGGCUUUGAAGAAUGCUCGUUGCUCUGAAAAGUAAUUGACGUAGCUGCAUUUCUGCUGACAGACUUAACUGGAGAAGUAGAGUCUCUGUUUUGUUGGUCGAGCCAGGAUAACUCUAAUGUAAAAACUGCUAGCUAGAAUGCAUAUCUUUUGUGCUUUUGUAUACAUCAUUUCGUAUUUUAACAUGUCAGGGUUCACAGAACUGCAGUAUCUUGUUUCUGUGUCGAAAAUCCUUACCGUCCACAAAACACUGAGCUGGUUAUUGA